AUGAAUGUGAAUGGCUUCUCUGAGGAAGUGGGAGUUGAGCAGGCCUGCAAAGAAGCCGGCCUGCGGUUAUUUGGACAGAAAGAACAGAACACAAAAAGCCCUGAGGGAGAGCGCUUGACACAUUUGCAGAACAGUGAGGAAACUGGGAGUGAGAAAAUGGAAAUUAAGGCUCUGAAAAUUCUGUGUAAACCUAGAGUGGGAACUCAGAAUCCUUUAGCUGUACCCCGACUUCUCGCCUGCUUUUGGAGUUGCAAGCUCCACUUCUGUGGGGAGGGCCCGCGGGCCUUGGUCUCCACGUCAGUGCUGGGCGUGCCUUGGGAAGACCAGGAUGUCUGCUUCCAGGUGUCCUCGAAACAAAUGAAAACAAGGCCUGGAGAAGACCUUUGUUUAGAUUCGAUUGAAGACACCAAAGAAAACAAUGGGGAGGGAGGUAGACUCUCAGCAACAAGUUUAAGAAUUCUAGGGCACUCUGUGGCAUUACCCAGAGUCAAUCUUUCUCUCGGUUACAACUGCACAUUGAACGUUACGACAAGGACUGCUAACUCUAAAUGACGAGGCCAAACUGAAGCUCGUUGUAUACUAACGAAAUGUAACAGUAUUCGUUUUGAGUUUAUAUUUACAAAUUUGGUGCUUGUUCUUGGAAGUCCUAGACUUUUUACUUCUGUGAUUGCAGUACACAGAACAUAUGAAAUGUCUAAAAUGUAUCAUGAUUUUAAAUUGAGAAGUGCACUAAUUCAAAAUAAGCAGCUAAGAUUAAUACCACAAGAACAUGCCUAUGAUAAAAUCCAUGGUCAGGGAAAUCUAGGAACCUUUUUUAUUACCGAUGUGAUAAUUGUGUGGCAUGCAGAUGUGAAUGAGUUUUAG